AGGUAAUUUUAUAAUUUUUUUUCUACCAAUGAGUACAGUAAAUGAAAUGAACUGCAUAAUUAAAGUAUGUAUUCACGACUAAACAAAUUGGCGCUUUCUGCACGUCACUAUUUACCUAUCUGUCUGGACGGGAAAUACUGCUGUCUCAUCGAAAACCUUUUUUUUUUUUUUUUUUUCCAGCAAUGCUCAGCGACGCGUGGGAGACGUGUGACGUCGUUGUUAUGGUUACGGCAACACACCAUUUGGGUAAAGAAGAAUCAGUGCAGACGAACUUUUUUUCCCCCAACUCUGCUACGCUUAACAAUAGAAUAGUAACAAAACUUUGCUCCCGGAAAAUCAACCAUGGAAGACAAACCUGCUUCAUGUUUCCGGGUUCUGGAUGAGAUGUUGUCCUCGGGCAAAAUUAGCCAGGCUACAUUCACAAAGGUGAAAGACAGCUUUGAGCUGCUUCAGGAUACUUUAAAGAGUGCGCAAAGUUCCGAGAUGCAGCUUUUGGGAGAGGCAAAGAGGUGUCAGGCUGAGCUGGAGCGGCUCCAGGUAGAAGUACGGAGCCCAGAAGAGCAGCGGGGCCCCCCUGAGGAGCCCGACGGUGAGGUCAGCAAACUGAGGCGACAGCUCCUGCAGGCGCACAAUGAACUGCGAGCUGCUGAGGACAGAGAGCACGCAGCACGGCACGGAUUGCAGCGUCUCUGGGAAGAGAAGCAGCAUCUGGAGAGAGAAAUUCAAACACAACCUGCUGAGCUGGAAAGCAACACAGACAUGUUGAAGGACAAACACGAUGCUCUGAAGAAAGAAGUGGCCCAGAGACAACUGGAUGUCAGAACUCUGACGGAGGAUUUGGAAACCCUUGAAACGCUGCUAUUAAAAGAACAAAAAGAGCUGGAAGAAAAGAUGGAGAUCAUCGAAAUCAAACGGGCUGAGAAAGCCCAGCUUGGCUGCACACCUAACCGGAUAAUACAGGAAACUGAAAGAAAGCGCUCUUUAUGGGAAGUGGCAAUGAAGAAGAUGGACUCCCUGAACACAGAGCUUUCAGAAACGAAGCAUCAGAUGAGGAGUGCGAAUGAGGGUAAUCAGUCCCUGGAGGUGAUGAGGGAGGAGGUGAUGCAGGAGCUGGAGCGGCUCAGGGCUCUGGUAGCGGCGCGGCAGACGGAAAACAGACAGCUACUGAAGAAGCAGGAGAUCUGCCAGGAGGAGUCGUCUGAAUUAAUGGGCAGCAGGGGUAUUUUGGAAAUGAAGAUGCACAACCUCAUGACUGAUAGGAAGCAGCUCUACGAGAGCCGAUCUUUGCAGCUCCGACAGAAAAAUAAGCAGGUGGAGGCCCUCAGACGGAUGGAGCAUGCCGUAUCCAUGGCCACUGAGCAGCUAGCGUGCACGCAAUCCGUCUACAAGAACAUACAGUCGCAAGUGCUGGAUGCUGUUCCCGAACGAGAGGCCAGCGCUCGGCAAAGGAUGGAGCUGGAGAAGGAGAUUGAUGCACUCGCAGCCGGCUUUGAAAAGCAGGUUUCUAUGGCUGAAGAAGAAAACCAGAAGAAGCAUCAGAACGGGGUGAUUCAAGAGCUGCUUAGGGAGUCGAAUCACCUCAGAGAAGAACUCCAUAACCUGAGAUGUCUAAGACAGAUCAAAGCGGAGGAGCGGAGCAAGAAGCACCGGGAACGUCUCAAGGCAGAGCAACUGAGCGAGCGCAUCCAGGAGGAGCUUAGAGAGAGAGAGCUGAUCAUCAUGGACCACAACAAGCUCAACGCCGUGCUUCAGCGCAGAAUAUCACAGUAUUCAAAACUGUGUGACAAGUUCCUGGAAGAGAAGAAUAACUAUGCGAGGCUGAAGCAGAUCGCCUCACAGACGAUCUCCGAAUUGACGGAGCAACUUAACAUCCUUGAAAACGAGAUGGGAGUCCUGCGCUCCGUCGCUGACAGCAAGGACAGAUUACUGAUAAAGGCUCGCAUGAAGGUCUCCAGCAGCUCCAAAAUGAGGGAGAAACUGCGUAAUGAGAUCUCUAAGUUCACAUGGAAACGGCACCAAAUCCAUCAGCAGCAUGAGGACAACAAACUGGAGUUAAUGAAUCUCACCCAAAUGAUCAAGUUCCACGAGGGGAUUCUUCUGGAAGUAAAGAGAAGUCAUGAGAAUGCCAUCCAAAGACGCAAUUUUCUGGGGAUGCGGCUCUUGGAGCAGGACAAAGUUUUGUCUAACUUUUAUGAGCAGGUGAAGGACCUGGAGGCGGCCGUCGCCAAAAGCAACAGAGCGACCGAGACGGUGGAGAAGGACGUGAGAGAACUGCAGAUUGAGAUCAACGACGAGAAGAGGCAAAUAGACCUGAAGAAGAGGAAGGUGUUACUCAAGAGGAAACUGGAGGAGGAGAUCAUCAUGCUGCAAAUCGAGCUCUCAGAAGCAAGAGACGCGACCCUGAAAAGUGUGACUCGUACCCUUGAAUAUCGGGAGUUAAAGGGCGACGACCCACCGGCUCCAGAACUCGUCAAGAAAAUGGAGCAGCUGGAGGUGAAUUUGGCCGAGCGCGAGCGUCGGCUGCUGGGAAAAGAACUCCUGGUGGAGCGGGUGACCCGGAUGUCGAAGCCGCUGGGGGAGCAGGCGGAGAGCUGCAGGGUCCACAGUCUCUCCGUGGCAAAGAAGCUGAAUGAGGCACGGGCCAAAAUCUUCAACAUCAACCUCUGCUUGAUGGCCGUUUCUGCAGAACUGUCCAUGAAGCAGGCAGUCGCUUUGUCUGAACGCCGACAGAUGAGAGAGAGAGAGCAGCAGCUGUCAGAAGCCAGAGACAAAAUGCUGGAAAGCGUCGUUGAGUCUGAGUCGAAGGACGAGGCCUCGCCGCCUUCAGAACUCGACAAUAAAACGGAGCAGCUGUCGGAAGCCAGAGACGAGGUGCUGGAAAGCAUCGUUGAGGCCAACAAGUCGGAGGACAAGGCCUCGCCACCUUCAGAACUAAACAGAAAAAUGGAGGAGCUGCCUGAGCGUGAGAGUCGGCAGCAGCCGGAGGGAGAAGGAGCGGAGCAGGAGGCCGGUCCGUCGAAGCCGCCGGAGGAGCAGGCAGAGACCUCCAGACUCGACGGGUUCAACAACCUCUCCACAUCAGAGAAGAUGACCAAGUGUCAGCUGGAGCCGGUGCCAAAAGCGCCAUGGUAUUUUGACGUAGAGGAGGUCUGGAGGAGGAUCGUCCGAGACAGGAGGCUGAGGCAGAGGGAAAAAGAAGAGAAAAAGAGGCUUGCUGAGGAAAAUAAGUGGAGGCAGCUGCCAAACGGAGUGUACACCACAGCCGAAGCCCGCCCCAACGCGUACAUCCCCGUGGACGACCGACUCGGUCUGCCCGUACCCUUUGGACGCUUCCCGCCCAUCAAACCCCGCCCACAGGGGGCCUACAUGAGGCAUUAUCGCAAUCAAACAGUGAAACCCUGGGACUUUUAGAAAAAGAAAAAAAAGGAUCCUGAUAGCAUUUAAAUUUCUCUGUCUUCUUUCAGUUUCAUCAGUAUUCCUUCGUUCCCAUAUAUUUUCUGCAAGUGCUUGAUUUGAAAGCGAAAGUAUGACAUCGAGUUUAAAGGAUCGGGGGGAGGAGGGGGGAUGCAUAAUGUUCUCCUGUAUGAUUUCACAAUCGCCACACUGCCUAGCAACACAUCAGCACCGCUCCGACCUCCUCUCCCUUGAAGAUGAGAUUAAUUUUUUAAACUAUUCCCACACAUUCUUCGGCUUUGUUGUUGUUGUUUCACCCUUCACGGUCGUAAUCUUUAAAUAAAUUGCAACGGGUCCGUCUGAGCUUCACGAGACGACCAGGCGAGCCUGCGCCGCGCUCGAAAAUGAUAAAUCUGGAGAGGAAGCGGAAGCAAUGAAAGAGCAUGAAGAAUGACAGAGAGAGAGGAGAAUUUAAAUGAAGGGGACGGAGAUGUCGGAGGAGGCGGUAGAGGAGAUUCAAAGUUAAAACGGGAUGAAUCGGAGGGCUGCAAAUUGGGUGGAAAGUUCACAGUUUGGGGGGGGCGCGUCACACCAAAACACGAAGUUGAGCCUUAAAACAGCUAAAGGUCUGCCAUAAAUAAAUCAAAUACAUUUGAUAUACCCGGAAAUUUACACAAAUUAACGAGCAGACGCCUCGGAUGGCUGGUGAGAGUUGAUGAAUGAGUGUGUGAAAAGAAAAGAUGUGCUGGAGGAAAAGUCCUGAAACAGCUGGUGUGCACCAUGUCAAACCUGAGUGGUGCUGCUCGCAGCUUGAGUCAACUUCCUAAGAAGAAACCAAGGGACAAAUGUGUGUGUGUGUGUGCGGGGGUGUGCGUGUGUGUGUGUGUGUGUGAUCAUCCAUUGCAGAUUCACCCUGGAAGCUGUCAGAUUAACUUGGCCCCAAACUGUUAGGCUGCUACAUAACACAGGCAGCAUAACAGAGUGUGAGGGAGACCAUUAGAUGGAGAAGGACUCAUGUGUUUACACCUAGAGAAAGAUUCACAUGUAUGAUUUUAAUGUGAAAUGUCAUAGGAGAGUGUCUUUCUGUAAAUAUGACUUAUCUUGUGAAAUCCCUGCUCCUACUUUCUGACUUCAGUGAAAGUCUGCCCAGCCUUUUAAACUAUACCAGCUUCAGCUGUGUGUUUAUGGAAACUUUUAGCUAUUUUUUCUAAAGAGAGCACUUGUGAGGUCAGGCACUAAUGUUGGACGAGAAGGUCUGGCUCACAGUGUAUGCACUAAUUCAUGCCAAAGAUGUCCUGUUAGGUAAAACUCACAUUUUUUUAAUCCAAAGUUUCUGUGCUAGAAUGAGUUGGUUUUUUUGGCUUUAUUGAAAUGAGUGUAUUUCACAAAACUGCAAUGGAAACUUUUCUUUUUGCAUCACACAAGUCAUGUGAUUACCGAAAGGAUGAUAAUACUGGCAGAAAAGACAAUAGUCUGUGUUGGUUCGUCCAUGUCCUUUUGGACCUUGCUUAAAAAAGAUCAUAAAAAUGAAUAUUUACAUUCCAGUUUUAUGAGCAUGCAUGGUCUUAAAAUAUGAAUCUGAUUAAAAGGAGUUAAGGAGCUGGUACGUACUCAAAGCAAAAACACUUUGAAAACUGGGAACAUUCAACCAAACAUUUACAGCUACCGCUUCCUUCGUGACUUUGCAGGGGUUGAUUAUUCAAGCCACAUGCUACCGCCUCUCCAUUAACCCGGCUCCAUCCAAUUCAGGCUCAGCCUUGUACAAAAAGUUUGAAUCUGUCUCCCCAUGUUUACACGUUCUGCUGAUAGGCUGCCGUACAAAUCUGUGUUGAAAUCAGACUUAAUGUGUGGCAGACCACAUCGAGCCUCUCUGUCUCCGAAGCCUUUUGUCGGCGGGUAAUCAAGCUGAUGGGACGCAGCAGCAUUACAGGAAACACACAGGAGGAGGGGUACAGAGCAUGUGUGAUUUAUAAAUACUGUUGACGUUCGAUGGUCGUAAUUGGAUGACAAA